CGCAUCUACAAGACCAGCUAGCCAGUCUGCGCUCCACAAUCGGAAUGUCUGGAAGAGGUUUUUUAAAGAGUCGUUUGGCUCAGAUCGCUACCAAGGAACCACCUAAACUCCAUGAACAUCCUGAAGAACCUACAAAACUAACAGCACUACCGAUACCAUAUUUUACUGAUAUACCAAAAGUCCCUGUGGAUGCUAUAAGUACUCAAACACUAGUUAAUGGGAAUCAAACCCUAGUUAAUGGAAAUCAAACCCUAGUUAAUGGGAAUCAAACUCUAGUUAAUGGAAAUCAAACCCUAGUUAAUGGGCAUCAAACUCUAGUUAAUGGGAAUCAAACCUUAGCUAAUGGGAAUCAAACCCUAGUUAAUGGGAACAAAACCCUAGUAAAUGGGAAUCAACAAGUUGCUCGUGGAAGAAGGGCUAUGUUAGCCAAAUUUGCUCAAAGAACUGUUUCUCAAAAGUUGUCUGACACCAUAGAAACAACAUUCUCAAACAUCAAUCUAGGGGAUUUAAAAAAUAAUGUGCGUCCAAACAUUAGUCCCGAUCAUAAAAAAGCAGAGGUAUCUAAAUCACUUACACCUCUAAAGCAGCCACAAAUACAAAUUGUUGAUAUUCCAGCAGCCAAGGAAGAAAAGCCUCCAGUUAUAUGUAGAGUCUUAAAAAAGUCUGAAAAAGAUACUUACCACAUGGCUCAAUUAUCAUCAAAUUAUAUAAAAAUUAAAUUGGAAGAAGAUAAAGGAAUAUAUGCAUAUAGAGUUGAUUUCAAUCCUCCAGUUGAUGCCAAACGUGCUAGGUUCUUAUUGGUGAAUCAACACAGAGAUUUAUUGCCAAUAAGAAUUUUUGAUGGAACACUACUUUAUAUACCAAAAAUGCUACCACAAAAUGUAACCAAAUUAGUGGGGAAAUUAAUAGAUGAAUCUGAAGUGACAUUAACAAUAACAUUUAAGGGUAAAAACUCUCUGAGUGAAUGUAUACAUUUUUAUAACAUUUUUCUACGCUCAAUAAUGAAGGAUCUUGAUCUAGUAGAAUUUGGAAGAAGUUGUUAUUAUCCAAAUAAAAAGAUACUCAUUCCUGAAUUCAAACUCGAAGUUUGGCCAGGCUUCAUGGCAGUUAUUGACGAGUUUGAAAAUGGUCUUUAUAUGCGUGCUGAUGUAUCACACAGGGUUUUACGUGUACAAACGGUUUAUCAAAUAAUGUAAGCAAGUUCAUUUUAUUUUUUACUUUCUACAAUCUGAACCUUCUGAAUUGUGGACACCGCCCAAUAACGGUUACAAUUUCAGCGAACAAAAGUAUCCGGUAUAUAGAGGUUUCACUGUAAUAAAUAUAUU